UUUUGUUUACAGCAUUAAACAUCAUUCUAUAACCAAAAUUUAAAAUAUUUAUAAAUAAUUAUUAAGGCGUUUUCUGCUAUGCGCAUCCCGUUUUAACCCCUCUCCACUCUAACUCACCUUGGCCGUCAUGUUGGCUUUGUUGUGAACGUACGCUUCAGAGGUGGCGAAACUACUGUGAAUGGGACGCUACUCCCUUAUACGAUGGAAAUAUAUAACAAUAAAUAAAAACAAAUCGGACAGAAUUAUAAAAAAAAUUAUCUUGCAGAUGAAAAAUGAUUCCUGGUGACAUUGCUGAUGACAAUAACGAAGACGAAAUAAAUGAUAUUCAAAAAAAGUUUAUUAAUACAAAAGGGAAAUGUAAAACACAUUUUCGUCCGAAUGACAUAUACCUUGAAUUAAAACUAAAAAAACGUGUCGGUAAAUGCAAAGGAGCAGCGCGGUUGCCUCCAACCAAGAGACCUGAAACUUUAAUGGCACAAAGCGACAAUGAUAAACCACCAAGGAGUUAUAACACUGUACACGGUGAUAUAUGGUACAAUGUUGCGGAUCAUAUUAAACCUGAAUAUGUUCAAACCUUUGCUUUGAUAUGUCGUCAAACAGCAGAACUUGUUAAUACACAAAGAUUUUGGAAACAAAUUUAUAGAAGUUAUUGCCAGAAAUCGAGUGCUGAUACCAAUUCGAUACUUACAUUGCCUGAACAAUUGCAGUCGCAUAACGUACUUAACUGCAAGUUGGCCAUAAUGCGUGCUCGUGUGGUGGAAUCACUAUUUCUAACCUAUUCACCAUUAUCAAAACGUAUAGCGAAAGGGUAUUCCCUAACUAAAUUAAUUGGAUGUUCUUAUGUAUCUUCAUGGCAUGAACAAGAAGAGUGUGUAUGGAUAUCAUGCUAUAAAUUUUGCAACAGACGGCAAAACAUUGCAGAAAUCAAAGAAGGCCGUGAUUUCAAUGAAAUUAUCUCAAAUGAUUGUGAAAUAGACGACUGGGAGGAUUUGGCAGAAGGCAAUAAUUUGGAUUCAAAACCAAAAUAUAUUCCUGCCCAAAACCACAUAAACGAAGGUGAAGCAGAUAUUCCGAUUGACAUCCACACCUUGAAGCUGCAGGAUUGGUUAGUAAGCAGAAGGAUUGUACCCAAAACUAUUCAAAAGAAUAUCAAAGAUAUACGAACAAAAAUUUCAAAUGCUCUCCAGGAUAUGCCAGCCAAUGAUCAACUGAUUAAAUUAUUGUCGGGGACCAACAUAAACUACUACCAUUGUAAAGAAAUUGUUGAGAUUCUAAAACAAACCGAAAAGGACACCAAAAGUGUAUUUGGAACGUAUGGAAGUCAAAGAAUGAAGGACUGGCAGGAAAUACUCCGUCUUUACGAAAAAGAUAACGUCUAUCUUGCAGAGUCCGCCCAAAUAUAUGUGCGCAAUGUGAAUUAUGAAGUACCUGGUGUUCGAAAGCAAAUGACAAAAUUAGAACAACAAAGUGAUGAAUGUUUAAAAAGGGUUCAAGAUCUUGGCAAACCAGAAUCACAGUUAUUGGCCGAACAUGCUUCACUUUUACAACAGCUGGGGGUGAAAGGCGAAAAUUUGCGAGAAGAAUUUUUACAAGUUUUGUCUAAGCUACCAGACAUGUAUGCCAAUUCAAUACGUGAUGUUAGCAAAUUAGAGGAGGCAAUUAACUUAUUCUCUGAAGGAAGUAAUAAACAAAAUUUACACAUAUUACGCCACCUGAUCGAAUUUGGCAACACAACCGUGUAUCAAUAUGUGCACAAAGAAGAACCUUUAACUGUUGAAGAACCUCCAAUUAAAUUAAAUUUAAAUGGUGAUACUUUGGCUAGUAGUACAGAUGAAACUGAAAUUGAUUUUGGUGGCGAUGAUAACGGAGGCACCUCCUCAACAAUAUCGGCAGAAAUUAUUGAUUUCGGUGAACUCAAUUUAGAUGGCAACAACAGCGCAAUUGAUUCGGAUGGAAAUGGAGGUGACAUUGACUGGGGUGUUGAAAGUGGUCCGAAUGAGGCUGUAGAGAUAAAUUUUGACAUUCCUAUUGAAGAAUACGGUAUAGUUAUUGAGGGCACUGGCAUGGAUGGUGGAAUUGCAAAAGGAGAACAAGCUUACACAAUUCUUGAUUCACCCACUUAUCGGGAUAGAUUUCUCGAUGAAAUUUACGAACUUGAUGCAUUUUUACGUAUGCGACUAUUUGAACUUAACCAAUUGGACGCUUCUAGCAAUAUUAUGUUUUCGCUUAUGGAUAGCAUUUUCACAUAUGAUGCAGAGAGCAUACGAAAAAUGUUAAGGAACAUUGAACUAAUUUUAGGUGAAGUAUGUAACGAGCAAACCCGUCACCUUUUCCAAUUAAAACAUUCGCCUAAAUAUGCUGAUUUGCUGGCAACUAAGUUACGUCAAAUGACAAAGGCCGUGAGUAAAAUACGCGACACGAAAGAAGUUCUUAAAAUACGUUCUUUGGAACUAAAACGACAACGCGUAGAUUUGAACCCAGUUUUAGCUGAGCUAAUAUCACAAACGAAGAAGCUCCAAUUACAUAUUGAGAAUGAUAUUUCCAAACGUUACAAAAAUCGUGUAGUGAACCUGAUGGGAGGAGUAAACUAAUGCAUUGUUGAUAUAUUUGUGACAAUUAUGUAUAAAUCUGCAAUUUUUAAAAUUCUCUGAAACAUGUACUGUGUCUAAUGCUGCUAAUAUUUAGUAGAUAAUAAUUAUAAAAACAUCGGAAAAUAAAAAACUCAGCAUUCUCACAAAA